AUGAAAUGCUGGUGUCCCGUUGCAAAUGUGCACCAGUGCCUGAGCUGCUCCAAGGUGUACAAGAGCAAGUACUCUCUAAAGCGGCACCACGUGUUGGAGUGCGGCGUGGAGCCGAGAUUCCCGUGUCCCUACUGCAUGAAGAGGUGUCGCCAGAAGACGCAUCUUAAGUCGCAUGUCUUCCGAGCCCACAAAUGUCCGAGGUGCAUGAAAGUGUUCACCAAGAAGAACAACCUGAGCAGGCACUACACGCGCGAGUGCGGCCAGGAGCCGAGCAGACAGUGCCCUUACUGUCCUUUCGCCACGUACCGGAAGAACAGCCUCAAGGAUCACAUCUUCCGGAAGCAUCACGUCGAAGUCGAGCUGCCGCGCCUCACGCGUCGCUUCGGCGAGAAGAACUCGUUUCGCUGUAGCAAAUGCGGCAAGAGGUACAAGUCGAAGAGCUACUUGAACCAUCACAUGAACAACGAGUGCUUCCAAGUACCCAACAAGCGAUGUCCCUACUGCUACAUUUACGUGGACGGCUUCAUGAAGAUCUCCUCGGAGUGUUACACGAACGUGUGCAACGUGUGUAACCGGAGGUACAAGCACGUGCAAUCGCUGAAGUUCCAUCAAAAGCACGAGUGCGGCAAGGAGCCCAAGUACAUCUGCCAAAUGGAGGGCUGCAGCUACAGGACGAAACUCAAGGGCAACUUCAAAUCGCAUUUGGUCAAGAAGCACAAAUGCACCAACGUCAAUCUGCAAUAA